CCUUAGCGGGGAGGGGUAAGAAGUGGGUGGAGGUGUAGUUGUGAGUGUUUGUGCGUUCCUUAGCGGGGAGGGCUGAGUCUGACAUUUGGAACGUAGAGAGCAGAAGGAAUUGGGCUUCAACAGAAAGGCUACCAUCAAAAAGUAAGUUGAACAUUUUUGUUCUCUUACAGAACUCUCAACUCUUUGACAUGCUCUUCAUGUGUUUUUUGAAAUGAUAAUAGCCUAUAUGCAUGCCUUCUAUUGUAUUACUCUCAAGGCUAAUACAAUUGCACACAGUCAGUAGGGGCGUGAAUAUUUUAGAAUUGUAGCUAGCACGUCUUUUGUAAUGCAAGUGAUACUGGUAGUUUAUUCCUUUGCCAGGUAAGUUCAGUGUGGGUGUGUUCAGGUAAUUAAUCAGAUAGCUGGUUCUGAAACAAACAUUACAAGGUGAAAAUCCAAAUGCACUGAAAUUCUGAAACUUUAAGUAUACAUUUAGUUAAAGUUUAUAAUGCACACGCUUUAGCCCAUGAAACCUAUCCUGUAAUUUCUGGUAGGUAGCUGAGUGCGUGAUGGAACUAUGCUCCAUCCUAGAAGGCAGGGAGUUUGUCAUGCAUUCAGUGUUUACUCUCUGUGACUCGGGCAAACUGCUGAGGUUGGAUAGGGUGUACUUUGUAUUUCCUUCACAGAGCAGAACAGGGUUAAACUUCCCUCAGCGGCUGUCAGCUCAGACAGUCAGAGGUUUAAUUGUCUAAGACUAGCUCAAGUUCCCUCUUUAUUUGUCCCUUCAGCACUGAGAUGAGAAGCUCUCAUAUGAGAAAUUACACAGACCACCUUUUGUGUACUCAAAUAUUUACACACAGUUGAGCUAACUAAGAAGUACUCGUUCCCAAUUACAGUAAUUUUGAAGUGUACAUGGGCGGGAAACACCUUGGGCUGGAUCAGUGUUGAUGUAGAUCACAUGUCUGGACCCAACCCAGACCAGCCCUUUAUCCCAGAGAGGUCCUCUGCAUUCCAGAUAGGCUCUCGCCUCGCUCUCUCCACAUCCACCAGAUCCCAAGCCGCCCUAUUGCCAGUAGUAGGGGUGGGAAGGAACUCUAGCAUGUAUCCGUGAGUUGUUCUCACAAUAUGAUUGUAUUUAAGAAAAACAAGCAUCAAACAAUCUUGCCUUCUCUCUACUGACAAUGGCCAUUCAAACAGUAAUUCAGCUUAUUUUGUAUUGGUUAUGGUGUUUACUGAAUAAAUAAAUCAAAUAAUGGCAAUUGUAAUUGGUGAAUUGAGAUCGUUUAUCAAUAUUUUGAGUUGAACUGCCUAGUUCAUAGGCAGGAGUUCUCAAAGUGGGGUCAUUCAAAGCCACUAACAAUGGCUUGCAGGGGGUUCGUGGCCAGAUCUCAAAAUAUAUAUAUAAAAAUGUAUAUAUAUAUUUUAUGAAUAUUACUAACAACAACAGAUAUUUUUUUAAUGGCCAAGGGAUCCGAGGAAUAAGUUAAGAGGUUGUAACACAAUACAAUGUGAUAUUAUUAAUCUACAAUUUAUGUUCUUAACCCUGGGGCAACAUGGGUCUGGGAAGCUCACAGGGAUAUUGGGAUCCACAAUACUUUUACAUAAAUGCAGUGUAAUUUAAGAAUUAAAACUGCAAAGUUUUCUCUCUGCCUCAUAAUUUUUUUAUAGAAUUGCAGGAUAUUAGCUUUAAAGUUGCAACAACAAAAACAUCUCUCUGCCACAUGACAAAAUCUGUAGAAUUGCAUGAAAUUAGCUUGUAAACGGCAACAUUUUCUCUCCGAUGCCAAGAGACGAGCCUUUAAAAUGUUCCUUCCUAGGGCCCGAAACUUGGUUUGUCUCACCAUGCACUGCCAAAGUUAUGGUAAUACUCCUUGUAUGCUAUUUUUUAUCUAACUCGAGCUGUGUUCUGAUUAUGAGGGGGUCCAUGAUUAAUUUACUAUCACAAAAGGGGUCCCGGCCCCAUAACGUUUGAGAACCCCUGGUUAAGGUGUAUGUAUGUGUUUAUUUGGGGGAGGUGGGGCAGGCAGGGUAGUAGGUAUUUUGUGCAGUUAUUUUAAGGAGUGGCGGUUUGUUGCAAGCUGCAAACAAGUUACAACUCAUCUCCUGCCAACACUUCCCCCUUUAUCCCUCUGAUUUUCUGUCUCUCUGUUUCCCAGGGCUAACACUACAUUGCCUGACCGAUCACUAUGUGCUAUCUCAACUCUCUUCCUCUGAAUUCAUUUUUUAUCAAGCCUCCCUCCAUUUCUGUUAGUGUGUGUGUGUGUGUGUGAUAGUGUGUGUCUAUGACCCAUGGUAAUUUAGAGUGAUGAAGCCGCACCCUGAGGGGGUGCCAGACUCAGGACUUCCAUCAUUAAUGACUGCCUGUUUCAAAGUGCUGGAGCCAAGCAACCCAGUGCAUGCUUUGUCAACGUCCAUAUCUAAUAAUAUUAAAAAUAAUACAUUGGAUUUAAAGCACCUUUCAAGAAACACAAGGACACUGUACAGCAAGAGAGUACAAAACAAGAAUAAAACAAUAGAAUGUCUGAUUCCUGUCACUCAUGUUAAGCCCUGUGACAGUGUCUCUGUGUUUGAAGUGGCCCCGUCUUCCUUUAUUUGAUAUGUUAUAGACGAGGAAGUGUUUGACCAGCUUUUAACAUACAAUAUAUAAAUGUUCUCUCUUGUUCUGUCUUUCUCUCAGUCAUCAUGUUGGUUCUUCUAGCCGGAAUCUUCCUCCUUCACCUCACCAGCAUCAUCCUCCUCCUAGUGGCAACUAUCGACAAUGUAAGUAAUCCCCCACUGCACCUCCUCCACUUAGUUUUCUCUUCAUGUUGACAUAGCCCUUCUUUCACAAUGUCUGUGGGGUGUUGAAUCAAAAGAGGAUAGCAUGCUAUGUUAGCCCUCAUCGGCUCAGACCUUUGGUGCUGUUCUGUCAGUGUUCCACUUUUGUUUUCUGGACUACAUUUCUGAGCUCACUCUCACACCUGAGAGAAGACAGGAGACAAACAGUUUGGCCAGUGUUUCAUCACUCUGUGUGUGUGUGUGUGUGUGUGUGUGUGUGUGUGUGUGUGUGUGUGUGUGCACGUGCGCCUGCGCGUUAUCGUCAACAAUGUGGCUGCAUAUACAUGCUCUUGUUCGUGUGUGGGAUUCCAGUGAGUGUUAAAAGGCCUGUCUGUCAUAGUGAGAGGUGCAUACCUGGCUGCUGUGGAAUGCUGCUACAUUCUACAGAUGUACAUUCCACCCAUUGACUAUUGUCCCUGUGCCUGGACAUCCAAAUGCAUGUUACAACACAACACAUGAACCUGUGGAUGUUCAUUGACUAUCUCUCCUCUCUGUCCUGUCCAGGCCUGGUGGAUGACAAAAACCGUGUCCACUGAUGUGUGGGCCAGGUGGAUACUGACCAAUGGAACCUGGAGCUCAAAUGAUCUCCCCAGCCACUACCCUCAAGGUAAGCCUGGGCCAUACUGGACCGCUGGGCUAAAAUGUAAUCAAACAUUCUCUGUGGGGAAAAAACAGCACUGCAGGAAAUUAGCAUUGCUCCUGGAUAUAUAUGUAAAUAUCAACCUACACGUGAAUUAAAAUGUUUUUUUUUCUGUCUCAAGUCACCCCAAUAUAUAAAUUUUUGCAGCACAGAAACAGGAACAGUGUUGUUUCUCCAGGAUGUGGGUUUACUGCGGUGUAGGUUUGAUUGAAUUCAGGGUAGAGUGCCGUAACAACUGUCAGACUAAGCCUGCCAUCUAACCUGUCUCUGUGUGUCUGUCAGUGUCUAGCAUGAUUGAUCAGUAAGUACUCUAUUGGCCAAUGAGGGAGAACAAUGCCAUGUUCUCAUAGAGGAAACUGAACAGAGGGUGUGGCAGGAUCAGGGACAGGGUUGGGGCGGGUGAGGAGGUUCAGAUUUGCUUGAAUACAUACACUGAAAGUGUAUUACAAAUACAGUGAGUCUGUGUUUAGACCUUUAGUGAAUGUGUGGUCAAGUAUAUAUGUAGCAAUGUUGUAUCUCUCAUAAAGUGUUUUAUUUGAUGGCUGAGAAACCCUUUUACAACCUAAUGAAAUGAACUCGUCUUAAAUCCUCUUAUAAAUAUUCCUUAGCACACAAUUUUCCAGAUUAAAAUACUUUCAUUGUGUUUUAAAAAAAUCUCCUCCCACUUGUUUUGACAGAACUGCCCCUUUCACCUCUGCAUUCCAGAGCGUGACACAACACUGUUUCGUUAAUACGGUGUUGAUUUCUGGGUGUUUCUGUUCUGUAAAUAGUCCUUACUCUGUGUCUGUCUCUGUCUCCCUCUACAGACUACCUCCAUGCAGUGCAGGCUAGCUCCAUUCUGGCCUGCAUAUUCUCCUCCCUUGGCCUGUUUGUGUUUGUGGGACAGCUCUUCACUCUGUCAAAGGGACAGAGAUUCACCUUCUCUGGCAUCUUCCAGCUCCUAGCCUGUAAGUAUUGCCCUAAACACUUUAAAUCUUCAACCUGUUAAACAAUUAGUUCUGUCUUUGCUUGACCUUUGUCUGUCCCUCCCUCCCUCCAGGCCUGUGCAUCAUGAUCGCUGCCUCCAUCUACACAGACAUCUUUCACAAGGGUGAAUCGGAUGGUUGGUAUGGCCACUCCUUCAUUCUGGCCUGGAUCUCCUUUGCGUUCACCUUCAUCUCCAGUAUCAUCUACUUUGUCCUGCGAAAGAAGACAGCAAACUAGAAGCAGAAGACUAUCCCAAACCCAAGAGACAGGCUCAAUAUCUUACGAUCUGAUCGUUUUUUGUACAAUUAGGUAUGGAUAUGAGUGUGUGAUACCAAAGGGGAGAGUUGUUAUCCACAAUUUUUCUGGCUUGAAUUUUGAUUCAUGUAUCUCUUUUGGUUCCCACCUUAUAUGAAGUGUGUAUAAAUAUAUGGAUUUACAUAGUAAUAACUUACCUGUCCUGCCCACAUAGUAAUAACUUACCUGUCCUGCCCACAUAGUAAUAACUUACCUGUCCUGCCCACAUAGUAAUAACUUACCUGUCCUGCCCACAUAGUAAUAACUUACCUGUCCUGCCCACAUAGUAAUAACUUACCUGUCCUGCCCACAUAGUAAUAACUUACCUGUCCUGCCCACAUAGUAAUAACUUACCUGUCCUGCCCACAUAGUAAUAACUUACCUGUCCACAUAUUACCAAGUCCAUGUUU